AUGGAAAAAACCUUCAACUGCAAUUCUCCGAAUAAAAUUGACAUCAAUCUAUAUGAAAAGAUCUUUCAAGAUUUAGAUAGCAAUCAUGACUUUUCAAGUGUUCUAGAUGAAGAUCAGGUUAAUAUUUAGAGAGACUCGAUUGAUACUGCUGAAAUUAUGAAGAAAGAUAGAAAAAGAAACAAACUCGAAACCCUUGACUCGAUAUUCAUGAAUAUCAACAAUCAUCAUGAUCAGAAUGCAGAUAAAAAGCUACCUAUGCAAAACUACUAAAGAAGUUCAGAUUCAGGCUUUUAUAAAAGCUAAGAGUAGGGUAUUGUAUAAUCAGAUCUGAUUAACAGAUUCCAAAGAUAGUUUAAUAACAUAGAGAGAUCUUAGCUUCUCAGUGUACUUGAGAGUAAUUAGCAAACAAUAAGAAAUAUAAAUGAUUUAGAUUACAUUCAAAGGUAAACAGAUUAAAAAAGCCUAACUCAGCGUAUUAAGCAAAGAAAUCUCACACCAAUAGCAGAAGAGAAGAGUAAUUUAUAGUCUCCAGGCCCAUAGUAGAAUCCUUAAAUGCAGUUUUUGUCUUAGCAUACUAUUCAGAGCAAAGCAUUGCAGAUAAGCGAGUAAAAUAGUUCGAAUAAAAGGAGCAGUUUAAUUCAAUAAAUUAUUCAUAGCAAUUCAUUCCAAAGACCUUUGAUUCUUUUGCUUUUGAUAUUUAUCUUAAUACAGUAUCUAAUUUCGAAUAAAACUGAUUACGGAAUAAGGGAUAAGAAUAAUCAGGAUAAGCAAUAGAAUAUUUAUGACGAUUACUUGAAAGACUUGAAAUAUGAAAGAGAUUAUUAUAAGAAUGAGACACUAGCUUUACAAAAAGAUAGAGAUUAAUACAAAGUUUAGCUUUUGUAAGAAUAGCUAAAGCUAGAGUAUAAAUAGUCAGUUAUAAAUGAUUAAAUGGAUGCAUUGAGAAGAUGUGUUUAGGAGAAAAAUCAAGUGGAGCAGAUGUUCAAUGAGACAAAACAAGAAAUAUUGGAAAUUAGUUUAUUUAUGACUGAGGAAAUUAAGAAUAACGGCAAAUUUGGCUUGUUUAAGUCUAAAUGA